AUGACCCAUAAUUCUCGUGCUUACCCAUUGAUCAGUGGCCCGGGCGUCCCACUGACUUUGUUUACGAUGUCAAAUCAUCCGAUUUCCAAAGCUGCACCGCCACUCACCACGAUCUCCGCUGCUGCCGAACCGUCCUUCCCCGGUUGCACGUUCAUCGACUACGAGUGGGAGAAGUUCUUGCUGUUCCUGCGGUUACACUGGCCGUUUCGUGGAACUUCUCCGCAAAGUUCUUGA